AUGGAGAACCAAUCUGUGUCUUCUUCAAGCUCCUCCACCACCCCAAAAAAACCUGAUCAAAAACUCAAAAGUGCCGUUGUGACCGUGGAAGAGAAGGAGACAAUGAACAAUCCGGAACAAAGGCCCCCUCAAGAGGUUGUGUUUGAAAACACGAUCCCUGACCCUGAGUUGCCUGUUUUCACAUUAGAAGUUGUCCGAACGGAAAGAGAUAACGAGCUAAAAUAUCCUCCAAAGGAUAAAAAUCUCGACUCGGUGCUUUCUGGUGGUACUUCUCUUCCGCCUUUCCAAAGCUUUCCAGUGCCCUCUUUCGGCCUCUUUGGUCCAGCGUAUGGCGGUAGCAGCUCAACUAAUGAUAUUAAUCUGGAUCUCACUCUUGGUCCAUCUUCUUGGUCUAACACUAACCCAUCUUCUUGGUCUAACACUGACCCAUCGUUCUAUCGAAAAUUGUUCACUCCCGUGCUACCUUGUGUGCCUAGAAACAAUUUUGUUGCUGGAAACCCGGUUGGUUCAAACACUAGGUAUAUUCCUCCGAAUGGAAACAACAAUGUUUGUCAUGAUUUUUUUUUUUUACAGGGGAAUAGUUCGGCCUCUACUCACUCGAAAAGUCUCUUCUCAAUGGGAAAGAACCAAGCCAUGGUGCGUCAUUUUGCUUUAUCUUAUCCAACCACCUAUUAUUGUUAUGAUUUGUUUUCUUUACAAGGGAAUGGUUCGGGAAACUGGCCACUCAAGUCUCAUCUCAAAGUGGGAAAAAAAGUCAGGGUGCCUCCUUUGGCUCCUCCCUAUUGAAACAACAAUCAUGAUUUUUUUUCUUUACAGGAGAAUGGUUCGGGAUCUAGUCACUCGAAAAGUCUCUUCUCAAUGGAAAAGAACAAAGCCGUGGAGCCUCCUGUUGCUCCUCCUAAUGGAACCACCGAUCUUCUGUUUCCUUCACCCGAGAAUGGUUCGGGCUCUAGUCACUUAAAAAGUCUCAUCUCAAAGGGGGAAAACAAAGUCGUGGUGCCUGAAAAUGAUGAUGAUGAUGAUGAUUAUACUGAUACUACUAUCGGGAGGAUAAGGUGGUUGAACAAGAAAAAAAGAUCAAGACCAGAGUAGUAAUUUAUCUAUGUCCCUUUGAUUUUUCAGUUUUCUAUUGAGGCUUAUGUUCACCUCUCUUUUUUUUUUCAUGCAAUUGUUUCUUCGUUUCGUUUCAAAUAAUCUCUGUUGUUUCGAUUAA